UCGGGACUCAUGGCAGAGGUCAGGAGCAUCGGAGUGGUGGGCGGCGGUCAGAUGGGUUCGGGAAUCGCCCAACUCGCCGCCGUGCACGGCGUCGACGUUUGGCUUCACGACACCGACGCCGAGGCUCUUACCAGAGCCACCAAAUCCAUCUCCACUUCCAUCCAACGUUUCGUCUCCAAAGGACAGCUCUCUCAGGAAGUAGCUACUGGUGCUCUGCAACGUCUACGAUGUACCUCAAAUUUGGAGGAACUUUGUUCUGCAGAUGUUAUAAUUGAAGCAAUCGUUGAAUCUGAGGAUGCCAAGAAAAAAUUAUUUUCUGAAUUAGAUAAGCUUGCAAAGGGUUCUGCUAUUUUAGCAUCUAAUACAAGUUCUAUUUCCAUUACUCGUCUAGCUUUGGCAACUAGCAGACCACGCCAGGUUAUUGGUAUGCAUUUUAUGAAUCCUCCUCCUAUCAUGAAACUGGUUGAGAUUGUGAGAGGUGCAGAUACAUCAGAAGAAACUUUUAAUUUGACAAAGGCCUUGGCAGAGAGGUUUGGCAAGACUGUGAUAUGCUCUCAGGAUUAUUCUGGGUUCAUCAUAAACCGGAUUCUAAUGCCAAUGAUUAAUGAAGCAUUUUUCACACUCUAUACUGGGGUGGCAACAAAGGAGGACAUUGAUACAGGAAUGAAGCUGGGAACAAACCAUCCAAUGGGUCCUUUAGAGCUUGCAGAUUUCAUUGGUUUGGAUGUCUGUAUGUCAAUAAUGAAAGUUCUUCAUGCUGGCCUAGGGGACAGUAAAUAUGUUCCCUGUCCUCUUCUCCAGCAGUAUGUUGAUGCAGGUCGCCUUGGGAGAAAACGAGGAAUUGGGGUUUACAACUAUCGUAAAGUAACAGGAGCAACCAACCUAUCAUCUCGAAUUUGAACCUUCGGCAUUUUGAGAUUAUUGAGCUACUCAACAUAAUGCCUUUGUAAAUAAUGCUUUUGUAUAUUUGAUCUGUCUUAAGAUGAUAUGGGCAACAAAUGCCUACGAUGUCAAUUACAGAAACCAACAGAAAAAGGAAGGAGGUCCUCAAGCAAACCCAGCCUUUGGAUAAAAAGUAACACAAACUUGGUGAAGCAAACUUUUCAAGAAGAAUAUUCAAGUAAAUUUCACUUUCCUUGUGACGUUUAUCACAUUUUUGACUUUUUGGUUGUUUAAUCCCUACUUUUUCUAUGCUCCAAUUAUCAAAAAGUUUCUCCUUUAUUUUUU